UUCGCAAUGCAAGACUGGUCGAAUUCUGGAAAGCUUCCAGAGCGUCUCCCGUUCUCGAAGAAACGUCUCCCUAAACGAGUUAUCUUCUCGUACAUUUUCGACUAUGUUAUCAUCGUCGUCCUUAUCGUCGCCUUCUACAUCGUAGACAAGAUCCCACCUUUCUACCAACCUUUCUCCCUCGACAACUACACCCUCUGGUACCCAUACGCGGACCCCGAACGUAUCCCCGUCUUCCAGCUCUGCCUCAUCUGCGUCGCCGCACCCGCUGCUAUCAUUGCGUUCUAUACCCUUGUCAUAGAUGGACUAUUCUCCCACCAGACGCCUAUGCCGGCGGGCGCUCAUGGACUCCGAAAGCUGAGCGGACGCUACAGGCUGAAAGACAGGCUCUGGGAGCUGAAUUGCGGUAUCUUGGGACUAGGUGUCGCAGUUGGAGCUGCUUUCACAAUCACCGGUGCCCUGAAGAACGCGAUCGGAAAGCCGCGCCCUGACCUGAUCCACAGGUGUAACCUAAACAUGGAUAUGGUCAAAGCAAUUGCGGACCGCACGCUCGCAACCGUAAAGUUUUGCCAGGAAGAAGAUAAGGCAAAGCUUAAUGACGGUUUUAAGAGCUUUCCGUCUGGUCACAGCAGCACUGCCUUUGCUGGAUUAUUCUAUCUGUCCCUCUAUCUCGCUGCCAAAUUGCAUGUGCUUGAUUCCAAGGGAGAGGUCUGGAAAGCUUUCAUUGUUCUCGUGCCUACGCUUGGAGCUUGUCUCGUGGCCGGAUCCCGAAUCAUGGAUGCGCGCCAUCACCCGUUCGAUGUUCUAUUUGGUAGUGCUAUGGGAAUACUGGUAGCUUGGGGCUCAUAUCGACAAUACUUCCCUCCCGUCUCCGAGACAUGGCGGAAGGGACGCGCAUACCCAAUUCGUGCAUGGGGCCGCCAACCGAUCGCACCUGAACAACUCACGACACGAAUCGAUGAAGACGUAGAGCCUCUUCGCCCUCUGCGAAGGGAACCCACAGACGUUGAGGAUCGCGCAGCAGCUUCCGGAUUCUCCGCACAGGCAACAGCUGGAGCCGGCAGCACCUCGCCAGGUGUCAAUGUAUUCCGGGAACAAAUUUCACAGUCGCAGCGGCGGAGACAGGAUGAUGGCCAGCCUUACGGAAUUCAGCAUACCGACACCCUUGCAUCGACAAUGUCUACCAAGGUUGCCAGAUAUCAAGGUCAAAUGCCCGGCCCGAACCCUUUCGCAAGCGAUAGUGUACGGCGACAAGAUAACUACGACUACUCUUCCUCUGACGAAGAUGACAACUACGAAUUGCAACAGCGAUACGGACGUUCAACAACCCAAACUGCCGGUGCAUCUUACAACCAGGUCGAUGGCAGACUAACAGACACGGGCUAUCACCCUCCCUCAGGAAUCAGCCCACACCCCACGCCACCUCCUCACGCGGGCGACCGUCCCUUCCAGACUACAGGCCCGACAGGAGAUCUCGCUGACGCACCCAGUGCUCCUCCACAUUCUAUAGGCACUGCUGCCUAGUUCUCCUGAAGUCCAGCAGGGAGCACAUGACGGAGAAUCUUCGAUUGAGGAAGCGUCUUCGGUAUUUUCGAAAUAGUUAUUUUCGCACAUGAUACAAACAAUAGGCCGUAUCGAAUGGGUGCUUCGACGAGCAACUAGCAUGGCAUUUGAUAUGAUAGCGCGGCGGUUCCGGCGCUUUUCGAGGGUUUGGGAAAACUAAUUGCAUCUUUUGUAUGAUGAAUGGUGUUGGUGCAAUAUCACACUUUUUUUUUUCUGGAAUAUCGCGCCGGCCUCAUGGUGCGCUGGGUUAUGUAUGAGCUGAGCAUUGCACAGCGCUUACUCAAUAUGAGCAUCAAGGAAUAUCUCGAAAUGUUCAA